AUGGCUGCAUCAGGGACUACGAAUACUAGGAUGAAUGUUUUCUCCGGUACUUCAACGCAGCUUGGUAUUGCGAACCCUGAUUUCAAUUUGGCUCCGAGCUUUGACAUCGCCAGUGGGAGCUGCGGUGAUUCGUCGUCAGAUGCUCAUUCACCUGAACUGCCGAGAGCUAAAGCGAGCGAUAGAGAAUGUCGCAUCAUCGCCGAGAAGCAUCGAAGAAGUCAGUUUAACUCUGAAAUUGCACAAAUGAUGACUCUGCUCUCUGAUAUCGUCCACUCGCAACGUAAGGUUGACAAAACUAGUGUGCUAAGACUAGCCGCUAACAAACUACGCAACGAACAUGUUUUUGGUGACUCCAUCAAAUGCUGCCACCUCGAAACGUGGUCUAAAGCUAUUUUGAAAUUUUUUGACAUUAUUGGUGGAUUUAUGAUAGCAGUAACAUGUCGUGGUCGGAUUUUCAAUGUAUCGCCCAAUGUUCAAGAAAAAUUGGGUUAUUGUCACAUUGAUCUGCUUGGUCAAGAUAUUUAUAACUAUGUUCAUAUUGAAGAUAAAGAAAUUCUCAGGAAACAUAUUUAUCCAGUUGAACUGCAAACUGGUUGUGACACAAAAAUGUUUGAACAACACCAUACUUUUAAUAUAAGAUUAAUGCGUGCAGGUGCGAGAGCUGAUCCACCAAAAUAUGAACGCUGCCGCAUUGAUGGUAUGAUGCGGAGAUCAGAUAAAGCAACAUCCAAUGGUGUUGAAGAUGAGAAAACAAUUCGAAGGCAAAGAGUUCGACAUCAACGAACAUUUUCUUCUAGUGGAAAUGACUUUGUGUUCAUCGGUAUGGUUCAUCCUAUAUCCAACCCAUUACCAGUCAGAAUGUUGCCACCCACAGCUUAUUCAGAAUACUGGACUAGACACUUGAUUGACGGUAGAAUUGUCCAAUGUGAUCAAAGCAUUUCAUUAGCAGCAGGUUAUAUGACAGAAGAAGUCACAGGUACUUCUGCCUUUGUUUUUAUGCACAAAGAAGAUGUUCGUUGGGUAAUCUGUGUGCUUCGUCAGAUGUACGACCAAAGCAAGGAAUUUGGUGAGUCUUAUUACAGAUUAAUGUCUAGGUCAGGCCAUUUUAUUUACAUGAGAACAAGAGGUUUUCUUGAAAUAGAUAAAGGUACAAAAAAAGUUCAGAGCUUUGUCUGUGUAAACAGUGUUAUUGGGGAACAGUAUGGUCGAAAAAUGAUGGAGGAGAUGAAAAGAAAAUAUUCAGUGAUUGUGGAUGUGGAUAGAACCCAGGAUGAUAAAGUUUUAGCUGUUGACGAAGCCCCUGUAGAGCAUCCUAAGCAUUUGGAACAAAUUGUUAUGCAUUUGGUGGAACCAGCUGUCAGUGAAAAUUAUGAUGAGCUAAAAUUGGUAGCCCCCUCUAAAGAAAACAUCAUUUCUGCAAUUAAAAACAGUGAAAAAGUAGUGAAUGAGACUGGUGUUAGGUUUGAUACACGAAAAAGAAAAAACUCAGAUAGUGAUGAAAAUAGUGAACAGUUAAAGAGGCAAAUAUGUUAA